CAGGGCAUCGGCCGCUCGUGAACGAUGACUCGGCUAGCCACUCCUUCAAGAGGACCACGGCCACCCUCCAAGCUGAGCACAUCCAUCAAACAAAGAAUGGUUUCUUUUCCAGGGCCCUCCAUUCUGAGCAAGUUGAGAGCUGGUACGGUUUCCAGUACCUCCAACCAAGAGGGUUCCUCGAUAACAACGGGGAAGUGGAGGGUUAGCAUAACCACGUUGAGGAACAAGUGAAGGAGAUCAGAGAAUGGAAAUAAACCAUCUUCAGCGUCGGAAACCAGGAGACAAACCGUGUCUUCGCAUACCAUGAGCGCUUCCAUCUCUCCAUGCAUAAUCUCCAUAGAUUGA